AUGUUGCCAGGAGGGGCGGGGAACGACGUGACCGGCGGCGCGGGUGGGGGAUAUGUCUAUAAGGAGGGUCGCGCGGGACCGGACAAUGGUGACGAUAAUGAUGAGGGUGCGUGGCCAGGUGCGGGGGUGUGGCGGGGUGCGGUGGAGUGGGCGCGGGCGGCGGGGAAUAGGCUUGCGGAGGCGGAGGAGGGGGUUUGGAGGUGGGUUAAUCGGCGGUAAGGGGGGGGGGGAGGAGGGGGAAAAAGGAAAAGGGGGGAGAGAAUGGUGAAGGGGGUUUGUUUACGAAGAGGAUAAGGGUGGAUUUUUUUGUAUAUUGUGAGUUGGGCUGGGCUUGGUUGCUUUUCGGAUUAUUAUUUUAUCUUGGGUUUUUGGGAAUUAUGGAUAAUGGUGUUUGGAUGAAUAGGUGAUUGUGGAUUCUAAUAUUGAUCCAUGUUAAGACUUUGAGUUUGUAUGAUAUAAUCUAAUCGUUCAGAUCUGCUUUCUUCUACGGGCUUUUUAGUCUAGAUGGGCUAAGUUAGGUUAUUAUUUUGCUCACUAGAUGUUUCAGUAACUACUUGACGGUGACAUCAGAUAGAUAGAUGAUCAUGAAGUCUUUUCAAAUUGAUUCACAUUUCACAGUGAGAAGGUCAAGUGCUUGAAUAUUGAAUAUAGAAACUAAAGAAAUAGAGUAUGUGCAUAUAUAGACACAC